AUGGCCCCACAAACACUCCUUCUCCUCGCCGCGGCGAGUCUCGCUCACGCUCACUUUGGCAUUGAGUACCCCCCUAUGCGCGCCAACACCCUGAGCAGCGAGAACGAAGAGAUCUACUCCCAAUGGAUCAACCCAUGUUUACUGACACUUUUCCCCCUCCUACAAGGUGCCGGCGUCCCCACCAACAUCACAAACCGCCCCAUCACACCCUGGCCUCUCACCGGCGGCUCCAUCAAACUCGACCUCCACCACCCCUGGACCUACGUCUUCAUCAACCUCGGUCUGGGCCCCGACGUCGGCAACUUCAACUACACCCUGACUGAACCCUUCUGGAACGUAACCGGCAAAGGCACGCUGUGCAUACCACACCUGGAGGUGCCAGCCGACUUGCCUGUGACGGAUGGGUCCAAGGGCAGCCUGCAGGUGGUAACUCUUGGCGCGGACGGGAACGCGUUGUAUAACUGUGCGGAUAUUGAGUUUAAGAAGGAUGCGAAGGUGUUGGGUGGGGACCAGUGCAAGACGGAUGAGGGUUUGUCGGUUGCGAAUGUGACUGCGGCUGGGUCGGGGGACGCGACGAAUGGUGAUGAUAAAGGGAGUGCGGCGUCCGGGCGGACGGUGGAUGUGGUAGCAUUGACGUCGGUCGCGGCGUUAGUGUCGGUGUUUGUCCUGGGCUUGAGUGUUUGA